ACCGCGGGCCGGACUACACUUCCCGUCGGCCCGCCUGCUCUCCCGAUGCCGCCUUGGCGCUAGACGUUGGCAAGCAGAGUGUCUCCAAGAUGGCCGCUUGGGGAAGGAGGCGUCUUGGCCCGGGUAGCAGUGGCGGCAGCGCCCGAGAGAGGGAACCAACAGUGUUUGUAAUGAAGAACAUCAGACUCUGAGCUGUAACCUGAAUUCUUGUCUAAAAUUCAGCACACUGGCAACGAGCACAUCAAACAGAUUGCCACUUGUCCUGUCGGCGUCUUUGAGACACACUUGCCCAUCUAGGAAAGCACAGUGCAGGUAUCUGUGUUCUGCCACCGUGUGCCAGCCCGGACCAGCUCACAGACAGCCCCGCCUGUCUUACUUGGGCUGCUUGGCUUCACUCCCUCAGGGCCCCUGAACCUCCCUGAGCCCUCCGUGAUUGUUGGAAUGGUGAGCUUGUCGGCCACAGACUGCUACAUUGUGCACGAGAUCUACAAUGGGGAGAAUGCCCAAGACCAGUUUGAAUACGAGCUGGAGCAGGCCCUGGAAGCCCAGUACAAGUACAUUGUGAUUGAGCCCACUCGCAUCGGCGACGAGACGGCCCGCUGGAUCACUGUGGGCAACUGCCUGCACAAGACGGCCGUGCUGGCGGGCACCGCCUGCCUCUUCACCCCGUUGGCGCUGCCCUUAGAUUAUUCCCACUACAUCUCCCUGCCCGCUGGUGUGCUGAGCCUGGCCUGCUGCACCCUCUAUGGGAUCUCCUGGCAGUUUGACCCUUGCUGCAAGUACCAAGUGGAGUACGACGCCUAUAAACUGUCGCGCCUGCCUCUGCACACACUCACCUCCUCCACCCCGGUGGUGCUGGUCCGGAAGGACGACCUGCACAGAAAGAGACUGCACAACACGAUAGCACUGGCCGCCCUGGUGUACUGUGUAAAGAAGAUUUACGAACUCUAUGCCGUAUGAUUUCAGUAGAACAGGGAGCGAAGCAAAACCACCCGGCCCACAAGAGACAACAGAGUAUUCAGAUCGCCACACUCUGUGAGGCAGCAGAGCCUGGGAAGGUGUUUGGCUUAAUAUUUGUUAUUUUUAAAAAAUAACAGAUCACGGGUGUACCCAGGGUUUUUCAGCUCAUUACACUAAGAUGUGGAUUUCCAUAACCCAAGAGGGGGGUCUGAGGCUGUGGAAGUCCGACUGGGCAGUGGAAUGCUGAUGGAGGCAGACGCUGCCGAGGGGGUGUGGACGUGCUUUGGGGGAGGUCUUUAAGUCUAUUGUUUAACUGUACCAUCCAGAGCCCACCAGAAGCUAUUGACCAUUAAAAUUAUGAGAAUUUCAA